AACAAAUCGACACAUGCGCAUUGACCUUAAUCAGUACGUGUCGUUUUGUAAUGUGCCGGUGAUUUGUUUUUGACAAAAAUAAUGUCCAAAUUAACCGUUUUCGCGGUCCUAAUAAUCUGCGUAAUAACAUCAAAAUACACGGAAGCCAGUGUUGGAGGUUACAUUACCGAAAAUGACACCAAGAAAUUUGCGGAAUCCCUUAAAAAGGGGUUAUUAAAAGAUGGUGACGAUCUUCUGACCCCCUAUUAUGCCGCGAAGGGACUUAAAUUACUGAAUGUACAAAUUGAUCCGGCCUCUGCAAAGGACACAUGCUCUUUUAUCCAGAAAACUUUGAAACCAGAUAGUACUGCUGAGGCCACCUUUGCAGCACUGCAAACUUGGUCUCUAUUAAAGUGUUCUGGAAAUUUACUUAACGAUGCUGUACUAAAGCAUUUACAAGCUAUCUUGCAAAGUGAUAAGUCUUCAACACAAGACUUAAGAUAUGCGGUCGAAUCUUUGACUAAUGCUGGACAAGCCGUGCCAAAUGGUGCCAAAGUGGCACAAUACAUUCAGGCUAAACUGAAAGAAGAUGACAGUUUGCAGAGUUUGGGACAUGCACUUCAUGCUGCUUCCUUGUUGGGUGCAGCAGGGAAGUUUGCUCAGGACAGAAUUGAAGAGGUCAUUGUUCAAGCUGAUGAGGUUGAUGGAAAACUUUUGCAAUGGGAAGGCGGUUUGACGACGACGUCCCUCUUAAUUACUGGUCUGUUGCGCCAACCAGGAGGCAGCCCCUUCAAUCAGGUGCAGGUGGAUAAACUGUCCAACUAUCUCUUGUCUAGAAGGACGGUGCCGACUCCCAAAGGUGUACUGGCUCUCCUUGAAGCAGCUGAAGCACUCAGCAACAGCAAAGUCUCACCUGUCAGCAUCACUGUAAUUGGACCGUCGUAUGUGACCGUCGACAAACCGGAGUUACGUGUUCGCGUCGGAGAUCUAUUCGGCAGACCGUCCAAGAAUGCCGUCACCCCCGUUGUCGCCCAAUCCGCCACCAGGAUCUCUGAUGAUGUUGUUGUACUUUCCAAACAAGCUUUAUCUGUUGGAAAUGUGCCAGCCGAAUAUGUUCUGCCUUUGAAACUUGAACCAGGUCAUUACAAAAUAUCAAUCAGUGCUGGCAGCAACUCUCUUUCAAUUGAGACAAGAGUUUUGGGUCCAGUUACUAUUAAAUCAUUGGAAGUGGGCCUGAGCGAUUCAGAUGGAAGUACAAUGCCAAAGCUCACCAAGUUAACCCAUCCAGCAAAGCUUAGCACUACCUUACAAGCUGAUUCUAGCCAACAUUUGGUUGUUAAGUUUGCUAUUUCUCGCGCCGUUCAUCAAGCUUUCAUCCGUUUAUCUUCUGUCAAUAGGGAAAUUUUGUUCGUCGCCGAACAAGACAGCAGCAAAGUAUACAACGUACAAAUUAAUCUGGGCAAUGAAUUGUCUUACUCGGGCAAUUACGAAAUCGAGUUGCUGCUAGGAGAUGCCGUUAUAACCAACCCAAUCAGAUGGGUUUUGGGAGAAGUGUCCGUGACUUUACCCUCAUCAAAUCCUCCAGUAAAAGCAACAAGGGGUCCAAAACCGGAAAUAAAACAUCUGUUCCGUCCAGCCGAAAAAAGACCAGCGGAAGUGGUCUCCCUAUUUUUCACAGCUCUCACUUUCUCCCCAGUUUUGUUGCUUUUGAUCCUCUGGGCCAAAAUCGGCAUCAACUUCGGUAAUUUCUCCAUCAUUGCCAUUCCAUUCCAUUUGGGAUUCGGGGCCAUAUUGGCUCUGUUCACGCUGUUCUGGUUGAAACUUAACAUGUUCACGACGUGCGCGUGGUUGAUCCCCAUCGGCGGAUUCACUCUGUUCUUCGGCCACAAACUGCUGAGCAGUAUUGCUAGAAGUAAGAAACCAGAAAAGGCUGAUAGAUAGGUUUUUUAUUAUUUUUUUUGUUUUAAAUGUGAUUCGUUGUCCAUACAAACUAUCAACAUUUAUUAUGCCACCAAAUACACCACUGGAUGAAUGUUCAGAUAUACGUGAUUUUGUAAUAAAUUAUUAUUAAAUUAA